GCACGAGCCGUGCGCGUUGUUGGAGGAAAUGGUAUGCAGUUCAGGCGGGGCUGUCCCUCCCUCUGUCCCGUAGCUAUCGUCUCAUCUGUUUGUAUCUACACAGACUACAGCCCAUUUCCACCCGGAACACGGUGCUUUGAGGCACAUUUUGUGGAAGUAUCUGUACCCGGUAUGCCCACAGUGCUCGGCUAACAAGGCGAUGGCGUCGGUGCGGAUGGUCGGCAAAGUUACGGCGAGACUUUUGGGAAGUGUUCAGCCUCUUCGCUGCGGUCUCAAAACUACUCCUCCGGUUACAUUUCGUCACCAGGUUCAGCGGAGGCCGCCUCUACUUGGAAAUUGCCAAGCUCUUUUCUGCAGUACACUUGCACCCUCUAGUGACGCAUCCCUGAAGUACAAAUAUGGCCGUUUGGUUCUGGAGGUCCCGUUGCCCUCCAGGAAUGAGAAGUGUCUGUUCUUCCUCCGACCCAUGCUGAUGAGUGUUGGAGACCUGAUCGCAGAUCUGCGGAGAGAGGACCCCGGAGCCACGGCCUCCAUUUUCUCCAAGGAUGGAGAGCGUGUAGCCAACACCACGCUGAUAGACAGCCUGCUGGACAAGGACUUCCAGCUUGUCAUCAACGAUGCCGUCUAUAAUGUCAGCUCUCCCGAAAAGGUGUGUACCUCCAGCGAGCACGCUAUGGAGCUGGAGGACAUGAAGCAUGUUGUGCACCUGCUGCACAUGGCGCUCCACCUGCCCGAACACCACGUGCUUAAAGAGAGGGAGCUGCUGGAGAGAAUGGACAACCUUAAACAGGAGCUGUCACCUCUGGAGAAGAUGAUGGCCCAGAUGUCCAAAACGGCAGAUUUCAAGAGCUCCAGGAUGGCCUGGAUCGGCCUGGCCCUGUUAUCUGUGCAGGGUGGCGUUCUGGCCUGGCUCACCUGGUGGGUUUUUUCCUGGGACGUCAUGGAGCCCGUCACGUACUUCAUCACCUACUCCACCAGCAUGGGAGCGUUCGCCUAUUAUAUCCUCACCAAACAGGAUUAUGUAUACCCAGAUGUUAAAGACAGACAGUUCCUGAAUUACUUUCAUAAGGUGGCCAGCAAGAAGAAAUUCAACGUGCAAAAAUACAACGAACUGAAAGAUGAGCUGGCUGAGGUGGAGGAGGACCUGAGACGUCUGAGAUAUCCGACUCAGUAUCAGCUACCACUUGAACAGAUCCAGCCAAAGCACGGAUAAAGCCAAGCCAUGACUAACGGUCACUCACACUUAACGAUCCAGAGCAAAAACAAAUUUUCUGCUUUAUUUUGAUAAUGGCGCCUUUUUACUAGGAACCCAUAUCAUUCUGUGUUUUGUUUACAGUCUUGAUGCCAAUUAUGACUUUGAGAAGAGUACGAACACUGAGGACUAUUGAAAUAAAAAAGUAUUUCCCAAACGUUGA